AUGGCCGACGGCGGCGCGUUCAAGCCGGCGCUGCUGGUGAUUGAUUUCCAAGAGGACUUUUGCCCGCCGAACGGCUCCCUCGCCGUCCCCCACGGCCGUGCCAUUGCCCCCACCGUCAAUGCCCUCCUCGCCCUCCCGUUCCCCGUGCGCCUCGCCACGCGCGAUUACCACCCCGCCGACCACGUCUCCUUUGCGGCCAACCACUCCGGCGCCCAGCCGUUUACCUCAUCCACCACCAUCGCGUACCCCAGCGACACCGAAACCGGCACCAACUCCGCGAGCCAUCCGCCCUACGAGACCACGCUCUGGCCAACGCACUGCGUCCAGGGCACCCCCGGCGCGGAGCUCGUCCCCGAGCUGCGGCGCGACCGCCUCCAGGGCGUCAUCGACAAGGGCAAGCGCCGUGAUGUGGAAAUGUACUCGGCGUUUUAUGACCCCUUUCGGGUGAGUGACAGUGGGCUCGCGGGCCGCCUAAGGGACGAGGGUGUCACGGACGUCUUUGUCGUGGGGCUGGCGGCCGACUUUUGCGUCAAGGCCACCGCCGAGCAUGCCCACGACGAGGGCUUCCACUCCUACAUCAUCGACGAGGGUACCAGGCCCGUGUUGCCCGACAAGUGGGCCGAGUGCCGAGACGAAAUCACAGCCCGGGGUGUCAAGAUUGUGUCCGUAGACGGGGACGAAGUGGCAAGGGUCAAGGCAUUGCCAUGA